AUGGCUGGCGAGUGUCACGAGCACUCAUGGAGCCAGUGGGAGUCCGACUCCGGAUACGGCAGCGACGAUGUCUUGCCUAAUCUCGCAUUUGACCCAGACCCACUAGCGACUGAGAGCGAUGAGGUUCUCUCGCCUGCUGCCUUCGCUGCAUUGAUCGCUUCGAUCGAAGCGGACGCACGGGAGAGAUUGAUACCAUCCUCGUCGGACGCGGUCCAGACAGACUCCGCACACACAGCUUGGACAAGCCCACAUACACUCAGCACUGGCAGCCUAUUGUACUUCGAUGAACAACGACCACCCUCUCUGCUUUUGCAGGGUGAGGCUGCAUUGGAAGACAACCAAGCGCAAUUUGCACCACCAACAAAGCAGAAAUCUGGCUUUCAUCGUGCAUGCAAUCUAAAACAUGCCACAAAAGCAAAGACAUCAGGUAAUCGUGCCAAGCGUGGCCGCCCCCUAGGCUCGAGAGACAGCAAACCACGCAAGCCCAGGGCUUCUCGCAAGGCUAGGAAGAAUGCAGAGACAAUGACAGAAAGAGAAGCUGGAUUGGCGCCCAAACCUGUGCAACUCGUAUCGCCAGGAGAAUGGAACAAUACGCCUAGCACAUCAUCCGACUCGGCUGACGGUUGCAACGCGAGUAUACCUGCUCGCGUACACAAAACGCCCAGAUCCUUCGAUGGAACAGUCUUUCGAUUGGCGCCUUCGUCAACAGAAAAGACUUACGACAUUCGAAGACCAAAGACAGCUCCCCCGCAGGCCCCGUACGAGAUGCCCGAUGAACACAGUCUGGCCGGCAUAGGCUGCAACAAUCGGGCCCGUCACAAGGGCGAGAUCUACCUGUCCAAUGGUAGCGCUGUACAACUCCCUGGCUAUGAACACACUGCAUGUCAUCUUCACCUGACAGAGCGCUGCGAUUUCUGGAGAAACAACGAUCUUGGCUUGAUAUGCACUGUUUGUGACCACUCCGCCAGUUUGUCGUACAUAUCAGCUCCCAGACAACCACACCUCGUUUCUACUAUGGUUCUCAGGGCCCAAAACCUGCCUUUGGAGCCAUCCAUGACACAGCCGAUCAUCAUCGACCAACGAGAGGCUUCUGAGAUUUUGACCAUGAUAUAUGCUUCCAUUACCAGCAAACAGGCUGGUGCAUACACAACUGGCACCCGUCGAAUUCCACCACACGCGUUUCUGUUCGAACUUGUGGACUGUAUCAAAGAACAGGAACCACACCAUCUGGUCACUUGUCAGACCCUGGAGAAAGACUUGGGAAGGUGCAUUGAGAAGCUGGUGUUCGAGAGGUUGCUAGCACGAACUGGUCAUAAGUAUCGCAAAUUGAAGAAAAAGUACCUAAAACAUCACAGGCUAGCGGAUAUCAUACCCGAGCUGUCGAGGGAUGAACCUGGCUUGGAAAUUGUGAUGGUGACCUGGGACUGCAUCAUCAGAUGUUUUGCAGGUCUUAUGGCGUUGAGGUUGGAGCAGAGAUUUUGA